ACAGCGUAGCUGAAGAAAGAAGAUGCCAGUUGUCAGAAACGUGAGCAGAGCUGUCGGCCAGCUGCUACAGAGCUCUGGCUGCGGAUGCAGGAUUUCCAUCGUGCCUGUUCGAUGCAUUGGAGUCUCCCCCCGCCAGGUCGCCUCCGAUGCGAGCUUUCAUUCGGUUUCUUUUGCUGAAUCUGAUCACCCUCGGGUGCUAAUUACAGGUGGCCUUGGCCAGCUUGGAGUGGGACUUGCUAAGCUCCUAAGGAAACGCUUUGGAAAGAACAAUGUGAUCUUGUCUGACAUUAGAAAGCCUGCAGAUAAUGUUUUUUAUAGUGGUCCUUUUAUCUACGCGGAUAUCUUGGACUACAAGAAUUUACGCGAGAUAGUGGUGAACAAUCGGAUAACUUGGCUGUUCCACUACAGCGCUUUGCUCAGUGCUGUUGGCGAAGCCAACGUCCCUUUGGCCAGAGCUGUAAAUAUUACCGGUUUACACAAUGUUCUGGAUAUUGCGGCUGAGCAUAAUUUGAGACUCUUCGUUCCGAGCACUAUUGGAGCUUUUGGGCCCACCUCUCCUCGAGAUCCAACUCCCGAUCUCUGCAUUCAGAGACCGAGGACGAUCUAUGGAGUGUCCAAGGUUCACGCUGAGCUCAUGGGAGAAUACUACCAUUACCGGUACGGCCUGGACUUCCGCUGCCUCAGGUAUCCAGGAAUUAUAUCCGCUGACUCCCAGCCUGGUGGGGGAACAACUGAUUACGCUGUCCAGAUAUUCCACGACGCCAUAAAGACCGGCAAAUUUCAGUGCAACCUCAAACCAGACACCCGUCUCCCUAUGAUGUACAUCGACGACUGUCUGAAAGCGACUUUGGAGGUGAUGGAGGCCCCCGCAGAGGCCCUGAGCAUGAGGACCUACAACAUCAGCGCCAUGAGCUUCACUCCUGAAGAGCUGGCGCAGGAGGUGCAGAAGCACGUCCCUGAGCUCGAAGUGACGUACAACGUGGAUGACGUCAGGCAGGCCAUAGCUGACAGCUGGCCAAUGAACUUUGACGAGGGGGACUGGGGUUGGAAACAUGAUUAUGAUCUCCCCGAGUUGGUGACAACAAUGUUUAGCUACCUCGGGUCUGACUCCAGGAUUGCUCAAGCUAACUGAAAUACUUUGUUAAGAUGUUUCCGGAUUUCCACAGAGGACCAGGAAAAAAUGGCUAAAUUAGUUUAUACUUUUCUGAGUCUUGGAGCAUGUCAGUUAUUAAUUUUUGUAAGUAGCAAUAGAGUUGGGCAGAAACAUACUGUAGCUGGAAUGUGCUAUUAGGUAAAUGACAUCGCUUGGUGCUGUCUCGAAGCACAGCACUGACAACAAACACUUGAACUUUCACACUUAAGCAGCUAGAAGAAAAAAAAAGUA